CAGGCGGACAGCGCUAUCGAUAAAAUGCAAAACCCCUCUGUUAACGCUGACUGAAUGUGCUGUUCGUUUAAAAUACGGACUACCGAGCGUAGUAUAAAUACGUAAACAUUAGCGGCUGAAAAGCUGUUUGAAUAUUAUGAUAGUAGGGUUUAAUAGGGGCAGAUAAGUGUCGUCAAUGAAAGGUUCUUGAAUAUAGUAUCUAAAAAUGGGGGAUUAAUAUGACCUCGGAUUAUUGUUUCUGAGGAGUACUUUCUGCGAGGAAUAGGAUUAUUGUUGAUAUUGGUUUCAGCUGAUCGUCUGACAAGGGGGCGUGUGAAAUGGUCGUUACGUCGUUUUUUUCCCGAACUCCGGGGGACUGGGGAGCGGAGCCCCGAUCCGCACGGUGGCAAAGUGAGCCCGGAUAUACCGUGGGAAAACGCGGGGUCACAGGAGCCCCAUUUUGACUUUGACCCCUCAGAAACUGUGAUAGUAGUGCGGCGGAAAAAGGAACCGACCGUUAAAGAGAACGGCGUUGUGUUAAAAAGUUUGCUCAAUAAUUCAAUAUCGUUAUUAACGAACACACAUAUACAUUUGAACCGUGCUAAUCAUUCAGAUGGAGUUAAAAAUGGCAGGAUAGAAAAAAUAAAAUUUGUAAAAAGUCCGAAAAACACAGAAAUUAAGAAUGCCUCGGCGACCACAAGAACGGGACUCAAGUUGCAGCUUAUGCGCGCUCAAGAGCAAGAGAAAGAGAAGAAAGAACGCCAAUACUCGCAGUCAUUAAAACAGUCCUACACGCCAACCAGUUUGAUAGAUGUGCCCCCACAGAAUACCCCCACUCAGGCCUCGGAAAUCCCUCCACAGAUUCUUAAGGUCAGAACAAAGCUCGAAAAUCCAACCCGUUACUAUGUCAUGCAAAAACAGAAGGAUCAAAUCCAGUCUUACCUCAGCGAGUCCCAUGACGAGCGGGUGGGGGCGGUACACUCGAUGCCCAACUACCGCAUGGCGACCAGCGAGCUGCACACCCUGAUGCCUGUGGGUCACAGCGGGAGUGCCCCCUUGAUGGAGCCCGAGAGCCCGCUGUCAGUGGGAAUGAGCAGUACAGCUACCAGUAUAUCAGAGGUGGAGAGCUUUCUCAAUGACAUUCAAGACAUACAAGACCUGGAGUCCGUGGACCUCAAUCAGGACGAUGAUCUCAAAUUUAUCACUCCAUCCCUCAUGCAGAUGUCUUCAUCCACAAUCCCCGCCUCGGACUUUGUGUUCACGCCCAUCUCAGAGCCUGUUAAGACGGCGCAGUCUGCGCCGACUGUGCUCCCAGGUCAACGGAUCAUGACACCCACGUCCUUCCUCACCGAGGACGAUGCUAGAAUGUGGGCCAAGGAGCGACAGAAGAAAGACAACCACAACAUGAUUGAGCGCAGAAGACGUUUCAAUAUCAAUGACAGAAUCAAGGAGUUGGGAAUGCUUCUACCAAAGUCUAUGGAUCCUGACCUCCGCCAGAACAAGGGUUCGAUCCUCAAGGCCUCCGUGGACUACAUCAAGAAGCUGAGGAAGGACCAGGAACGCAUGCGGCUACUGGAAGAGAAACAGCGUCAGACCGAGUCACAGAAUCGCAAAAUGAUGCUGCGAAUUCAGCAAUUGGAACUGCUGAUGAAGGCACAGGGUUUCAACACAGGCUACCAUGAGGAGUCGAACACCCUCGCCACGCUCGUGCAACCCAACAUUGUCACCAGUGUCCAGAACAACGCGCCCCAGCAGUACUCAGUGAAAUCCGAGCUUGAGCGCGAACAGCAGUCCUGUGCACAGGCUAUCCACGACGCGCUUAACAGUGACUUCUCGGACAUUCACACGACCCUGAACUUGGACGACCUCAUGGAGGACCACACAUCAGGCCUCUGUGCAGACCCUAUGCUUUCCUCCCACCCGAGUCCUUGCAUGGACGAAGACUCUAUGGACUAUGGAAUAUAAGGGAGGAGAGGUUGAUUGUGGUCCUGAAAAUAAAGUAAAUGGCAUUCAUGGGAAAACUGAAAACUGCUUUGGAAACUCAAUGUCUAAGAAUGCCAGACAUAUUGGUUGUUGAUCUUUUAUGGUAUUUUUUUUACCUGAUGGUUUUUUCAUAUUUUUUUAAGGCAUCUUAAUUAGCCAUUUUUGUGAGAAGUAAUAAAGUUUAAUGUGAGGCAAUGUAAAGUUGUUUAGAAUGUUCCUUCUUACUAUUAAACAAGCAUGGCUACAAUUGCUAAGAAAAAAGGUACAGAAAAAGCGUUUAGUAUACCAAAGAAAGGCGUUCGGAUUCAUCAAAUAUAUUUGUAUAUAUAUAACAAAUGUUUGUUGAUAAAAAAUACCAUUUAUAAUGUACGUAAUUUAUGUAUAUUGCCAUCCAGCAGGUUUUUAGGAUUAAUAAUGGACAUUUUACUCUUUAAAUUUAUUUGUAUAAUAAUUUUCAAUGUUACGUAGCUUUUGCUAAAUUUAAGACACGUGGUUGAACAGAUUUAUAAAAAUUCUGAAUGGCUAGAAUGUUUUGCAUUUGCAUUCGAAACUUUAUUGAUGCUUUAUGAGUGGUCAUGUUAAAGCGUAAUUAAGCGCUGUGUUGAACAGAAAAUUAUUAAAUGGAAAGCCAACACAUUUGACCUUUUUGUAGCUUGUUUUGUUUUUGUUUUAUUUAUUUUGUUACCGGAUCAAAAAUAAGUGACUUACAUGUUUAGCUGCUUUAAAUUGAUCACGUUUCAUGUUAUGUUAUUUGAUGUUCUUGUUUGUUUGUUUUUAAUUAAUUUUCAUGUUAGCUAAAUUUUUUAAAUAAUCAUAAGAAUGAAGAACCAGUAAGUUACAUUGUUUGUAAGUAUGAUCCCCUGAAGAAAAUAAGUUUAAGCCCUAUAUCUGUGCCAUAACGUUUGCAACUCACAAAUUUCAUUUUAUUAUAAAGCUACAUGCUAAAUCUUCAGAGGUUUUGAGGUUAACAUUUUUCAUUAUAAAGUACUUAAGCAGCUGGUUUUCAACAAUUCUGGAAUCAUAUACUGAUUGUAAGUGGCAAUGUGCAAUAGGGAAACACUGUUUAUAAGCUUCAUCAGCUAAUUAUUUAGUUAAUUCACUCAAAUUUACCCAAUUUAAUGAACACUUUAAGUAUAAAUUGUUUUUGCCUGUUUUAUGUCUUUUUAAUUAUGAAAUAUUAAUAUUGUUUUCGCAGAGUUUUCUGUUAUACAAACAAAAAUUUACGGAUUCUGAAACGUGUAUUUAAUCAGAUUUCUGCUACUCGUACUCAUAAUUAUUUUACUUUGAAAAUUUUCAUUAUUUAGUCAUGACUUUUGAAUGCGUAUCACUGCCUUGUGUAUAUAUACGUGUCCCUCCAAAUUUCAUUCCAUGAUUGUUUUGAAUGUCCUCAUGUAUACAUCAUGUAUUCCUCUGAAAAAGGAAUCCAUGAUAUAUGUUUUGUGUUAACUUAAUUAUAGAUAAUGGAGAAUAUCGCCUCUUCAUGGAGUAAUGCAGCUUCCAUUAGAGAUGAUUGAGCAUAGCAUCGUCAUAUAGAUAAUGGAUAUGAAUGUGGAUAUGAAUGUUUAUAUGCUUCGGAUCAAGAAAGUGGUUCCUUUGAUGUAUAAUUAUGAUCGAGUAUUUGGUCUGUAUUUCUCACUUGCUUCAUGACAUUUGCUGCUUUGAUAACAAACGUUUUCGUGGUUAUACCUGCCGGCAGGUGCGUUCUAGCAUUGUGCUGUGUUACUGUUGAAAGCUAAUUAGGUGAAGAACUUGCUUGUGAUAAAACAGAUACAAUGGUUUAACAACAAGCUCUGGAUUUGCAUAAAAAAGUGUCAACAUUUGUAGUUUGUAAAAUUAAAGAAAUAUGAUAGUAUUGAUCUACAGUAGUAGGUUUUCUAAAACAUUCAUGGUAAUGACAUGUCAUUGUAUCGCAGUGGUUGUAUGGUGUAUUCAGUUGGUAUGCCGCACUAUUGUUUGUUGUUGAAACCAAAGUGAUAUAGAUGUUGUUUGUAAAUAGAUGUAGAUUCAUAUAGAAUUAGAUUAUUUAGGUUUUCUUAAACUUAUAAAUAACAUACAAAAUAUGUAUCUGGAAACACAGGCAUUCACUUUUAAAGUAAAUAGUUUUAGUACUUUAUGAGUUUUAUUACAAAAAUAAAUACAUCUGAAAGUUUCAUUUAAUACAUUGUAUCUGUAACUUGUAACUAGCUUAAAUGUUAUUGACUGUAAUUAUAUGUGCUUUCCACAAAACAUUGUCUGGUUAGAGAAUAAUGCUCUUUUGUAAUCAAAAGUAGGUCUUAUUUUCUUUCAAAGUUUGUGUUUUUCAUUAUAUUUUUUUCUUAAUACUGUUUAUUCAGAAGUUUACACAUUUUUACAGAAGGCGUUGUAGUUAGUUUGAUCAUCCAUUAUGUCAUUGUUGUGUACAGUUCACUGAAAGUUUAUUACUGGCAUAUAUUUAUGCCCCCCUUCGAAGAAGAGGGGGUAUAUUGCUUUGCUCAUGUCGGUCGGUCGGUCCGUGAAACUUCAUAGGUACAUUGAUCAUGACUCGCAGAUGACCCCUAUUGAUUUUGAGGUCACUAGGUCAAAGGUCAAGGUCACGGUGACCAGAAAUAGUAAAAUGGUUUUUGAAUGAUAACUCAAGAACGCAUACGCCUAGGAUCAUGAAACUUCAUGCGUAGAUUGAUCAUGACUUGCAGAUGACCCCUAUUGAUUUUGAGGUCACUAUGUCAAUGGUCAAGGUCACGACGACCCGAAAUAGUAAAAUGGUUUCAGGAUUAUAACUCAAGAACGCAUACGCCUAGGAUCAUGAAACUUCAUGGGUAGAUUGAUCAUGACUCGCAGAUGACCCCUAUUGAUUUUGAGGUCACUAGAUCAAAGGUCAAGGUCACGGUGACCCGAAAUAGUAAAAUGGUUUUCGGAUGAUAACUCAAGAACGCAUACGCCUAGGAUCAUGAAACUUCAUAGGUAGAUUGAUCAUGACUUGCAGAUGACCCCUAUUGAUUUUGAGGUCACAAGGUCAAAGGUCAAGGUCACGGUGACCCGAAAUAGUAAAAUGAUUUUCGGAUGAUAACUCAAGAACGCUUUUGCCUAGGAUCAUGACACUUCAUAGGUACAUUAAUCGUGACCCGCAGAUGACCCCUAUUGAUUUUCAGGUCACUAAAUCAAAGGUCAAGGUCACAGUGACAAAAAUCGUAUUCACACAAUGGCUGCCACUACAACGGAAUGCCCAUAUGGGGGGCAUGCAUGUUUUACAAACAGCCCUUGUUAGCAUUUGUUAUAUCAUGGAUGUCUUGAGCAAAAUGCAAUAAAAGAAAAAGGACAAUUUUAAAAUUAAAAAAA